GGCUGUGAGGACUGUUGGUUACUGAGGGAAAUUCAUAAUGGCCAAAAGUUCCCUAUCAAGGCUUUAUGACUUGUUUACAUGUUUGAAAUAAACGAGUGCACGGGCUUUGGAAUUACACGGUCGACGUCACGUUAAUCAGACCCAAUCAGCGUUCAGCAUCGUUCACCUGUCCGCGUAAACAGGUAACAAACCUCGAGACAACAUUCCUGCGUGCGCUCGAGCGUUUUCAUAUUUACAAAUCUUUUAACCUCGUCUGAAUUCUGGUCGCUUUUUUUUUAGUCUUCAAACUUUUGAUUGUAUUACCAUUUUUGUUUGAGUCAAAGUGUUUGCUUUCAGCUACUUUAUAGUCUAGCCUAUACUUUUCCGUAACAGACGGAAAUGGACUACUUGAUAUUUUGUUCGUUUGCACUGCACUGAAUAUGAUAUUUGAACAUUUUGGAUUAAAAAGGGAAGAAGAGAGAGAGAGAGAAAAAACUUAAGUCAGGAAUUUCUGUCAAACCGAAGUGAAGGGAGCAUCAUCUCUUCCACGCUUCUUUCGCCAUGGAUAUUUAACUGUCUGCUCAGACUGACGGACUGACUUCAGAUUGGGAAUAUUGUCUGAUGAGGAUGAUGAAGAUGAAUGCUGCUGUGCUGCAGAUGCUCGCGCUGUGUCUCGCGCUCCGUUCACCUGCGCGCGCUCAGACGGAGGAAGCUAAACAUGAAGUGUGUACAGGCACACAGAACUCACUGAGUGUGACAGGAAGCUCUGAGGUCCAGUACAAACUCAUGAAAGAGAUGUACACGGGCUGCAAGAUUGUCAUAGGAAACCUGGAGAUCACGCAGAUGGAGCACAACCGCGAUUUCUCAUUCCUACAGUCUAUCCGUGAGGUUACGGGCUACAUCCUCAUCGCCAUAAACCAGUUCAGACAUUUACCGCUGGAACAGCUGCGAGUCAUCCGAGGGACGUCUCUAUAUGAAGAUCGCUUCGCUCUCGCCAUCCUCGUCAACUAUCAGAAAGAUGGAGUGUACGGACUAAAGGAGCUGGGCCUCACACACUUAACAGAGAUCCUGGAGGGCGGAGUGCAGAUCAUCCAGAAUAAAUUCUUGAGCUAUGCGCCGCAGAUUAACUGGCUAGACAUUGUGAAAGACAGUGGGGCAGAAAUCAUCAUUGAAGACAACGGAUCAGAAUCUCCCUGUCAUGAGUCUUGUGGGGGUCGGUGUUGGGGUCCUGGAAAUGACUCUUGUCAAAUCUUGACUAAGACAGUGUGCGCACCACAGUGCAACAGCCGUUGUUUUGGCCGCAGCCCGAGCGAGUGCUGUCACAUAGAGUGUGCCGGAGGCUGCACUGGGCCGCUCGACACCAACUGCUUUGCCUGCAGAAAUUUUAACAACUCGGGGUCAUGUGUGCCGCAGUGUCCUCAGGCUCUCAUCUAUAAUAAAGUGACGUUCAAACUGGAACCGAAUCCUAAUGCAAAAUACCAGUAUGGCACAAUAUGUGUAUCACAUUGUCCUACUAACUUUGUUGUAGACGGAAGUUCGUGUGUUAGCAGCUGUCCAGCAGACAAGAUGGAGGUGGAUAAAAAAGGAAUGAAAAGAUGUGAGCCGUGUGGGGGUCUCUGUCCGAAAGCAUGUGUUGGCACUGGUACACUUUCCAGACAGACCGUAGACUCGCAGAACAUCGACAGCUUCAUAAACUGCACUAAGAUUCAGGGCAGCCUGCAUUUCCUUGUAACAGGAAUUAAAGGAGACAGUUACAAUAAUAUUAGUGCUCUUGAUCCAAAGAAACUGAAGAUCUUCAACACUGUCAGAGAGAUCACAGAUAUUCUGAGUAUUCAGUCUUGGCCUGAAGAGCUGGAAAAUAUUUCUGUUUUCUCAAAUCUAGCAACAAUACAGGGAAGAACUCUGUACAGAGGUUACUCGCUUUUGGUGAUGAAGAUUCCUACGUUGAAGUCCCUGGAUCUUCGCUCACUGAAACGGAUCGGUGACGGAGGCAUCUACAUCACGGGAAACAAACAGCUCUGUUAUCAUCACACUGUUAAUUGGACACGUCUGUUCGGGAGCGGCCCUCGGGCCCAGCGCCGCCAGAAACCCCUCGACAUCAAGGACAACCACCCACAAGAGCAAUGCAUUGAAGAAGGGCAUGUGUGUGAUCCCCUGUGUUCAUCUGAGGCCUGCUGGGGUCCGGGACCCGAGCAGUGUGUGUCUUGCAAGAACUACAGCAGAGGAGGAACAUGUGUACCACAAUGCAACUUCCUGUCAGGUGAAAAACGUGAGUUUGCCGGAACUAAAAAAGAGUGUAUGCCGUGUCACCAAGAGUGUGCUGUGCAGGACAGCAAACACACCUGCAAAGGACCGGGUGCUAAUGAGUGCGCAGCCUGUGCACAUUUGCAGGAUGGGCCGUACUGUGUGUCCUCAUGUCCAGAGGGGGUUCAGGGGGAAAAUGGACUCAUCAUUUAUAAGUUCCCCAAUAGCCAGCACAAAUGCCAACCGUGCCAUGCCAACUGCACCCUGGGGGUCACAUUUCAUAUGUUGGCUAUGGGGAGUCUGGACCACCCGUAUAUAGUCCGGCUCUUAGGCAUCUGUGCAGGGCCCAGUCUGCAGCUGGUCACUCAGCUCAGCCCACAGGGGUCUUUGCUGGAGCACAUCCAGCAGCACAGUGAGAGCCUCAACCCUCAGAGACUGCUCAACUGGUGUGUGCAGAUUGCCAAGGGUAUGUACUAUCUAGAGGAACAGCGAAUGGUCCACAGGAACCUGGCUGCCCGCAACAUUCUGCUCAAGAGCGACUUUAUUGUUCAAAUAGCCGAUUAUGGCAUCGCUGACCUCCUCUACCCUGAUGACAAGAAAUACUUCUUCAAUGAAAUUAAGACCAAACAAAGUUGGAUGAUUGAUGAAAAUGUUCGGCCAACUUUCAAGGAGCUAGCCAAUGAGUUCACCCGAAUGGCCAGAGACCCCUCCCGAUAUCUCGUCAUCACAGAGGAGCAAAGAGCUCCUGACCCGGCCUCAGAUGAGUCCCAUCAGAGAGGAACUGAGAUGGCCAUUCUAGGGGUGGCGCUGGAGGACCAGGAAGAUACGAUAGACAUGCCACGCUAUAUAACACCAUCCAGAAGUUUCUCUAGAUUGCGUAUAGAUUCUCAUCGGUCAAGUCUGACUCCAUCCAAUAUUGCUGGAUAUCUACCAAUGACCCCUGGUCUGGAGAGCUCAGUGCAGACGGGAUGGGCAUCUCGGUCUCGUCUCGACUCUGGAUGCACUGUUUCUGAGAGCUCAGAGGGACGGGGAACUGCAGUGGAGCUGGAGAUGAACGAGGACAUCUCUUCGGUUGGCAGCAUGAGGAGGGUCACACAUCGUGAGGACAGCGCUUACAUGUCACAGCGGGACAGCCUAUCAGGACCUCCGGAAACAACCUCCACAGGGACUCCAGGAGAAGAAGACCAAAAUGGAUACGUGUUGCCUGGGUUUGGUGAAAGUCCAGAGAAAGAAACUCUUCUAUUCACAUCAUCACGUGCAAAACGUUCACAAAGGAGAAUCUCAAGAGGUCAUUCUGGCGACUUUUUGGAGGCCCACAGUGUUGUGGGUGAAGAAUACGAGUAUAUGAACAAUCAGACCCUCUCUCUCGGGCAUAUACCAGGGCAGCUUAAAGAUUACAAUCAGCGACCGCCACGCAACCGUAGCGCCUCCUUCAACCCUGCCGGCUUGUACAGCAAUCACAAAUCUCUAGGGUCCAGCAGGCCCAGUAAGAGAUCAUCGAUCGAGGGCUCAGAAAGUAGCGGCGGUCUCUCCCAGUCCUCGACUGACCAAAGGAGUCACAGCGAUGGCGAUUUCCUAUCCAGUGAAACGGAGUACACUGACGGCGAUCUGGAUCUCCAGGGGGUUCAGUACGAGUACAUGGACAUCCGUGGUGGUGCAGGACCACCAACUAACAUGGUACUCAAACUUCACCUCCCAAGACCGGUUUCCCAUCCUCCUCUCCGAAGAUCGCCACAAGACGAUGAAGACGAAUAUGUGGAGGAAGACUAUCAGUACACUAACCACCAGCCUCGGCUGAGGAAUUCGCUCAGGGUUCAGGGGUUAAUGCAAGGGGAAGGAGAAGUGUAUGAAUAUGAGGAUAUGGACUCAUUGGCUGCAGGUGGAGCAUCAGCAGCUGAAUACCAGAAUCUGGAGGGAGAAGAUGAGGAGAGUGUUGGGCUGACGGAUGAACCCCGGAGCCUGGGGCCAGAAGAGUAUUUAAAAGUUCAUGCAGGGACGGAACAUAAAGCUUUUGAUAACCCUGACUAUUGGCACAGCAGGUUGUUUCAUAAAGCCAAUGCUGUCCGCACGUAGCAAUGGAGAAUAGCUUGAAGGAACUUGAUGCAAAUGAAUAAAUGCAAGCUGAACUUUCUUCAGUGGCCAAUGUUCAGGAUAUUAUUCAAUAAUCCAGAGAAAAACUGAUGCAGUCUUGACAAAAUAAAUGUAUUUUGAUCUCAAAUGUAUUCUUGAUGUAAAAAAUGUGGCAUUAUGGUUCAGAUACAUUGAAACAAGAGCAGCUUUGUUCUUUUUUUACUAUGGUGGAGGUACCAGAAUGGCCAGAUUCAUGAGCUACACAUUGAAUGGGAAGAUAUUUACUGUAUAUCUGGAUGUGUAUGUAUGUAAGUGUGUGGUUGCUUAAAAUGUUCUGUUCAUGCCAAGUUUGUGUAACUCAUCAAGAGAAGCCAUAAGUUUGCUGUUGUGAGUGUUCAUCUGAAAUAUAGUGUGUUCAUGAAGUGCCCAAUUCAGUCAGCAGCUGUUACUGCCAAAUCACUGUACAUCUGUUCAGAUUGCACUCGAAUUAUUUCACAAUUUAAGUGUAAUUUUCGAAAUAACUGUUUUCGAAAUAUCUAAUCUGAGGUAUUUACAUUUGGAAUUUAUCUAAUUAUUAUGUCAGUUGAAUAGCAUAUUGAUUGAAUUUGGGUAAAGUUGUUUUUGAUGUCUUUGAGGUGUUUGUUGUCCAUGCCUUCUGAACAAAUCAAUAAUGAAGUACUUGUAUUAUGUUUCAAAUGAAAUGGCCAGUAAACAAGCUUUUAUAACAAACUGUAGUUUUGUAUACGCAUAUCAAACUAAAGUAUUUUCUCAACUUUGUAACAGUUUGAAAUGAUUUUUUAUUUGCUUUUAUCUUCAU